CAGGCGAAGCUCGAGGCUCAGCUGCGGCAGAAAGAGUUCUAUAGGCCCAUCCCCAACCCCAACCCUAAGCUAGUGGAUGGGUACCCUGCCCUCGAAAGAAUCCACAUGACUGCCAAGGACUUGGGAGUCCCUGGCUUCUUCCCGUCACAGGACCAUGUGGCCACAGGGGAGGACGAGUGCAAGUUCACCAGCACCUGCCCUGUCACAUACCCGGCUUCCCACCGCCUGUCCCUGGCCCACAGCGAUUCCGGCCAUGUCCACCAGAGCGCCGACUUUCCGUGCCUCCUGGAGCCCGAGUGCCAACCUGCUGCAGAGGAGGGCAAAGGCUAUCUUCUACUGCCCGGCUGCCCCUGUCUUCGUCACCAUACAGUCAAGGUCCCCAUCUUGGACCGAUGGGGACCCUUGAUGCCAUUUUACCAGUAG